AAAAACCUUUUAACCCCUCUCUAGUCUCUUCGCUCUCAAAUCUGCGAACUCGUCAAUACAAUACCUUUCUCGAGGUUGCAAGCGUUGAGAGUAACAAUGAUGGAUCGUUCUCAGCUGCUUCUAGUGGGGCUGCCCCUCUUCCUCUUCUGCUCCGAUGUCUUCCGCCUGUUUUCUCCGCCGCCUCCAAAGCCUGCCGCCCAUCACUACUCACCGCCUGCGCCGCUCAUCCAACAGCCUCAAACCCUAGAUUUCCCCACACAGUCUGCUAGUGGUGGGAUUGGUGGAAUCGGCCUAGGCAACACUGUCAAUAUUGAUUUCUGCUCUUCUUGCUCUUACAGAGGUACUGCUGUGACAAUGAAAAACAUGUUGGAAACUCAGUUUCCUGGCAUUCAUGUUGUUCUUGCGAACUACCCUGCUCCAUUUCCAAAACGUGUGCUAAGCCAACUGGUUCCCAUUGUUCAGUUUAGCGUUAUUGGUAUUAUAAUGGCUGGUGAUCAAAUUUUUCCAAGGUUGGGUUUUGCUGUUCCUCCUCCAUGGUAUUACAACUUGCGUGCAAAUAGAUUUGGAUCUAUGGCAAGCACUUGGCUUCUAGGAAACUUCCUUCAAUCAAUGCUGCAGAGUUCUGGUGCAUUCGAAGUGUCUUGUAAUGGCGAACUGGUUUUCUCCAAGCUUAAGGAGAAGAGGUUUCCUGGCGAAAUUGAGUUGAAAGAUCUUGUUGGCAGAAGAAUUGCAAAUGUAAGGGCGACAGAUGAUUUUCUAUUGAACUCUCGAAGGGGAUAAUUUUUAUUUCACACAUUGUAGAAGGAAAAAAAUGUUGUUUUAGCAUAUGUAUAAUUCCUUGUUUUUGCAGUUUACUUUUGAGUUGAGUUGUUAUGGUCCAAUGCACCUUUUGUAAAUUUAGACACUUUUUAACUGCUACAUUCACAAGUUCAUAAGUUGUCAUAGUACCUAAUGCUGAAUCUUCUCUAGUUCUUUCUCAUAAAUUUCAUCUUGUUUUUUAACUGAAA